AUGAGUUUGCCGGUGGAAAAAGAGUUGGGGCUUGCAUUCAUACUGAAGAUGAGGAAGAAUGGGUGGCAGCUACCUUACCAUCCUCUCCAGGUGGUGGCUAUUGCUGUGUUUUUGGCUCUGGGAUUUGCCUUCUAUGUGUUUUUUGCUCCUUUUGUUGGGAAGAAGAUGUAUCAGUAUGUUGUCAUGGGCCUCUACACACCCCUGACCUUCUUUGGCCUUUUUAGGGCCGCUAGUGGUUUACUGAGCUUGCAUCAUUCUAUUACUUGUGUCUUUGCACUGUACAUUUGGUGUGCAGCAUCUGAUCCUGCAGAUCCUGGGGUUUUCAAGUCCAAAAAAUAUCUGAAAAUUCCAGAUAGCACAAAGCUUGAUGGACUCAAGAAUUCUAAACUAGGAGGGGAAUCAACUUCAUCAAUUCAUGAUGGAAAAACUUCAACUGUUGGACCAAAAUCAAUUGAUAAGGAAGAAUUGGGAACUGAAGCUAGUUUUAAAGAUGCUGCUAUUUCUGCAGAAAAAAAAAGUGCAUCAUCUUCACCUUCUUCAUCCUGUCUGUUAUUGGUUUGCUCUCCUUGUGCUUAUAUCUGCGGCUGCUCAAGUUCAAGUAAAGAAUCUUGUGAUCAACAAGCAAGUGAAGAUGGCAUGUUCUAUUGCAGUUUGUGUGAAGUUGAGGUCUUCAAGUACAGCAAGCACUGUAGAGUUUGUGACAAGUGUGUUGAUCGCUUUGAUCAUCAUUGCAGAUGGCUCAACAACUGUAUUGGGAAAAGGAACUACAGAAAAUUUUUCACCCUUAUGGUUGCUGCUCUCCUCUUGCUUAUACUUCAGUGGUUGACUGGGAUACUUGUGCUUAUCUGCUGUUUUGUUGAGAAGAAGAAAUUUUCUGUGGAUAUCUCCUCCAAGUUAGGGAGCAGUUUCUCUCUUGUUCCCUUUGUCAUAGUUGUGGCAGUCUGCACCAUUUUGGCUAUGAUUGCUACCUUACCCCUUGUUCAGCUGUUUUUCUUUCACAUUCUUCUCAUUAAAAAGGGAAUCAGCACGUAUGAUUACAUCAUAGCUUUGAGGGAGCAGGAGCAGGAGGUGCAAAUUGGAGGUCAGCAGAGUCCCCAAAUGUCACCCGUUAGCUCACUUACUGGAUUGAGCAGUGCAAGCUCCUUUACUACUUUCCAUCGUGGUGCAUGGUGCACGCCACCACGUCUGUUCCUUGAAGAUCAGUUUGAUGUAGUGCCCCCUGAAACAGCUUCUGUAAGCUCGCUGGGAAAGAAGACAAUGAGAGACGAGCCAGUUAAGAAAAAGAAUCCCGGAGCAGUCAAAAUCAGUCCAUGGACGCUGGCACGGUUGAAUGCUGAAGAGGUUUCCAGAGCUGCCGCAGAAGCAAGAAAAAAAUCGAAAAUUCUUCAGCCUGUGACAAGACAUAACAAUGAGCCUUUCAGGCUGGAUCCAGACCACAACUCUGGCAGCAGUGGCCGGCGGAUGAGUCCCAGGAUUGAGACCAACAGAAGACGGGCAGGCAAACGGAUUCGUCUGCCCGCUGACUUGCCUAUGGAGGCCAUACCAAAAUUUUCUACCAGCAACAUUGUUGCCCAGGGAUUCAGUGGAGCAUCUAGUUUGGCACCUCUCCAGCUUGAAGCGGCAAGAGGUGUAUUUCAACCAAGUCAGGCAGUGUCAAGCUCAGCUGGGAUUGUUGCUUCUUCUCCUGAAAGCAGUCUAGAUUCGCCCGACAUUCACCCCUUUCGCGUGUCUUCGACCGAAGCCGAAGAAGCAAGAAGGCUUGCCAGUCUUUCUGCCCUUGGUGCUGCAAACCUGAAGGAAAUCCCUCUGUCAAGGUCAACUAGUGAUGGGUAUGAGGCAUCUGGUGGGGAAGAUAGCGACAGGGUUCCCACCAGGAUUGUUCAGAGGUCCACAAAUUGGACUAAUCUGCUCUUCAGUGCUGAUCAAGAGGAGAGAGCUUUUGAUCCAAAACCAUCAUCUAGCUUGGUUCAUAGUAGAAAGUUGUGA